ACACAAGCUAUCGUUCGGAAUUCGGAUUCGUUACAAGAGCCGUAACAUCCUUAGAUUAGUCUGCGUUGUGACAGGGUAUAUUUGUACUAAGGAUUAUUUCACCAUUUUUUGAAAAUGUAACUAGGCAAAAACUCGUGUUCAUUUUGUAGUCCAAUCUCGCGAACUACAUAUCCAUUGCCGCAACCGGGCAGACGUAUUGGCAAAUCUGGUAGCGCGGUUUCAUCCGGGCUUUCUUGACUGUGUCCCUCUACCAGUUAUGUAGCUCUUUAGCUACACAAAUACAUUUGCAGGACAUUUAAGUGCCUGAUCAAAGCGUAGGAUUUUUUAGUAAAUAUAAAAAGCAGAGGACAUCGCCAAGGAGCACUACAAAGCGACCGCGCUACCAUUGCGAGAUAGCGAAGAUUAAGCCACACUCCGACGAGGGCUGGGCUGUAGAGCGGGUAUUUAUAGGAAAUGUAGUUUUUUAGAUGAUUAUUGCGGCAGAAUCAGCAAAAAUGACUACCUACAACGUAGAAUAGUGGUCGAAAACAUUUAGCGCAACAACACGUGUCGCAAAUUAUGUAUACAAGCUUUAAUUCGGAGGUCAAUGGAAAACCAGGACAUCCCUGAAGUUAAAUGUGUAGGAGGGAUUACGGAGAAAAACUGUCAUGACAUAGUACUCUUCCCCCCACUAACCCUCUGUUUUCUUUCGGAGCUAGUGUGUUUUUCUCUGCUGUUGAAGAAUUCUGGGACUUUAAUGGAUUAUAAAUCUUGGAUUUUGUGGCAUGUGUCAGUUGGAUGACUAAAGAUAGAAUGUAACCUAUAAUUGCUACAUUUGCAGACAGAGACAGGAGCAGAAGGCCAUCAUCCCACAGACUGAUGAUUUGAAAGGGAAGGCAAUUAUACUGGAUUAGACAAGAAUCUUUAGUGUUGACACUGAAGUUUCAUUAAAGGGUAUUCACCUUGCACUGCUGAGAGAAUCCUCUACCCUACCCUUAGAGAAACAUUCUCUGUGUUCCCAUUUGAUAUCCCUGAAUUGUUUUUCAUAGGUUAAAUAAUUUAUGUCUUAAGUGGUGUUUUAGUAUAACUUGGUUUUACAUUUUCUGACCUCAAGACAGCGGGCGUUGUUGAGCAGCUACCUAAUGUCUGCACUGUGUUUUGAUAUCAUUUGCAAGCAACACUAACAAGAUUAUUUUAACAGGCUGAUAUAAGAAAGUCAUGUUCAAGUAUUUAUAUCCUUCACAACAGAUAGUCACUUUUUCUUUGUCGGAUUAGACAAUUAUUUUUAGACUUUGCGAAGCCUUUCAGAGCAUUGCAAAGGUUGUGGUAUUUAAAUGUGCGACAUCCAGUGAGCUGUAGAGAGCUGACCAGCGGCCUCCAGGAUUGUAGAGUUUUUUAAUGCGACGUGCACAUCACGCAUGAUGGCACAGUGGUGUCGGGAAGAAGACCGAGUAUUAUUGCUUCAAGCAGACAGGAUUGAGAGGUGUGGUAGUGCUAUCAGUGAUGGAUACAUCUGCUGCCUUUUUAUGCAUUUUACUUGUUUCAAUUUCUUUUAAUUCUUGAAGAUGAUUUAUUUUUGACUAGACAGUCUGGUUGUUUGAAGCUAAGUGAGUUCACUUGCAAGCCUGUACAGGGGUUUUAAAAACUGAUGAAAGCGUGAACCUUCAUCUGCUGCCUCAGACUACUGCACCCAUCUGCUUUUCCAUCCUGACCUCACUUGACCACUAACUCCGAACUCUCUGCAUGACCCACCGGAGCUGCCUCUUUCCUCUCCCUACGAAUAUCCUGCUGUGAACAUGCGCUCCCCAGGGCCCCAGAGCCCCUCCCCGUCUCCACCCCCAGACCCGCCCCCAGGCAUGGCCCAGGAAGCCCUGCUGCAUGGGCAGUUUGCAGGCUGGAGCAGUGGAGGAAUUGGAGGUGGGGCGGGCGGGGGCAGUGGUUCAAACGGCAGCAGCUCCCCCAGCACACCUACAGGGGUGUCCUUGCCCCUCAGCCCCGCCUCGUCCAGCUACGCCCUCACCCUCACCCCCACCCACAUCCACAUCCAGCGGCUGUCUCCACGUCCGGGCAAGGCCUCUUGGCUGCAGCUGCCGCUGGCAGAGCUGACAGGGUGUAGCUGCCCACGUGCCCCUGCACCUCCACUGCUGGUGCUCUACUGGUACCCACCCAGGCGACGCAGGAAGGGUGUGUCCAGGCGCCGAAAUGUGCAUGCCUACCAGGCUGAGAGUCGCACCGAGGCGGAGAAGUGGAACGCAGCUGUGCAUUGUCUGCUGAGGGGCCUGGAUGUCAGCGCCACUACAGAAUUUAGCAAAAGCAUGCUGCCCCGCCCUCGUCGUCUGCUGCUAUUGGUCAACCCAUUCAGUGGGCGGGGUCAGGCCAUGGACUGGUGUCAAACGCAUAUCCUGCCGAUGAUCAGAGAAGCCAACAUCAGCUACAACCUCAUACCCACAAAGUACCCGAGCCAUGCCCGUGAGCUGAUGAGGGAGAUUGCUCUCCGUGAGUGGGAUGGUAUCAUCAUCGUCUCUGGAGAUGGGCUGCUGCAUGAAGUAGUUAAUGGCCUCAUGGACCGGCCAGACUGGGAACAAGCAAUAAAAACACCUGUGGGAAUAUUGCCCUGCGGCUCUGGAAAUGCCCUGGCCGGCUCCAUCAACCACUACGCAGGAUAUGACAUGUGCCUUCGGGAGCCACUCCUCCUCAACUGUUGCUUCCUGCUUUGUCGGGGUGGCAUCAGACCCAUGGACCUGGUCUCUGUGACAACAAGCCCCUUAGCAUCCUCCUCCUCGUCCAAUCAGAACGGCCAUCCAUCCACGUCCACGAGGUUGUUCUCCUUCCUGUCAGUGGCAUGGGGCUUUGUGUCAGACGUGGAUAUUGAGAGUGAGCGCUACCGGGGACUUGGCUCCGCCCGCUUCACCCUGGGAACACUGGUGCGACUGGCCUCUCUGCGCUCAUACCGGGGCCGCCUGUCCUACCUGCCCCCCGCCGUGGUGGAGCCCGCCCCCGACUCCGCCUCCCAGCCCUCGCGCCGGCUUCUCUCCCGCAGCAUCACGGAGGGCCUAGAGGGCUUCUGCCGCACGCCCAUCCACCGCACCUGCUCUGACAUGGGCAUCAGUGAGCAAAGGAGCCUCAGCAAGAGUGACCGGGAGCGAGAGAGGGAGGAGAGGAGAGAGCGGGCACGAGGGACCGGCGUCGUCAGGGCCAGCAGCCUCGCUGAGGACAGAGAGAGGGAGAUGGAGGCAGAGCAGAGGAUGGAGAAAAUGUCGGGGUCCAGCUCAGAGUCCAACGAAAGACAGGAGGGAGACGGGAAUGAGAAUGAGUCCGCGGAUGGGGAGGACGAGGAGGAGGACGAGGGGCGGCAGAAAGAGAGGGAAAGGGAGAUGGAUAUGAGGGAGGGAUACGGUGUGGAGGAAGGGAAAGAGGCAGAGGAAUGCGAGGAGAGUACAGCAGACACGCCUCCAGACCCGAGAUGGACACUUCGUAAAAACUCUGCCCCCUCCACUCAGCUCGUCAAUGCCUUUUUCAGCCAGCCAAUCAGCGCGGAUUCCGAGCAGGACGUAGCGAUGGAGGUCGAUGGGCAGCAGAACGGCAGCUAUUUCCAGCGAGAGACGUAUCUUCUGGACCCGGGGCGUGAGCGUGCGCUUACCAUCUCCUCCCCCUUCCGCCAGUCGCCGUUCUCAUACAAACCAAAACUCCCGGACCAGAAUCAGAACCGGAGUCCUUCAAGGCCCCGCCCCAUCUCCCUCCUCCAGCACGCACACUCCAAAUCCCUCCCUCCCAAAUUCCCCCCACUCUCUCUGUCGCAGUCACCUAUGCCCCCGUCCUGCACCUCCCCCCCAAGCUCUGACUACCUGGUUCCGCAGCCCAACACGCCUGGCUCCGCCUCCUUCUGCCCCUCCUCGUCCUCGUCCUUCUCCUUUGACCUGGCCAAGCCUGCUACGUCUCACUCCUCCCUCUGCCCACCCCCUGAUGAUGACCUGCUGCCCCCUCUGGACCAGCCCCUGCCCACGCGGGACUGGGUGACCAUCGAGGGCGACUUCGUCCUGGUGCUGGCCAUUUACCAGUCGCACCUGGGCGCAGACCUUCUGGCUGCUCCGCACGCACGCUUCGACGAUGGCCUGAUCCACCUGACGUUUGUGCGGGCCGGGAUCUCUCGGGCCACCCUGCUGCGGCUCUUCCUGGCCAUGGAGAGGGGCGCCCACCUCGGCCUCAGCUCGCCCUACGUCAGCCACGUGUCUGCACGGGCCUUCCGCCUGCAGCCGCUCUCAGCCCGCGGGACCCUCACCGUGGACGGGGAGCUGGUGCCCUACGGACCCCUGCAGGCACAGAUACAUCCUUCAAUGGCCCGUCUCAUUGUAGGAGACUCUGGGGUGAAGAUCACCAGGUUCUGACCUUGGGGGAUUUAAACAAGAGGGGAUUAUUGUACACUGUCCACAUUACAAGCGCUAUCCACGUCUGCGGAGUGGAAUAGCCAACAAUUGCAAUAACUUGUUUACUGGAAUUUCCUUGAAGGAAUCACUUAAUUGAGCUACGUGUGCCCAGAUUACCAAUCCAUGUAAUGAAGGGGUGGGUAUGUGCAUCUGUGUAUGUUUCUUUAGCUUCCCCAAGACUGCAGCAUGGACACACAAAGGUCUGGAGAAAGGGACCAUUUGAAUGUGUGCACUGAGUCCGUGCACCAAACAUCUACUUUGUGAUUGGCUCGAGUGCCAAUUCCAUAGUGUCCUUGCCUUACUACAGAGAGUUUGGGGGUGGGGUAGAAUACUAACACAUUCUGAUUUGGAACACCUGAUGAGCUAGCCACAGCCGUAUACAAAUGUGGUCCAUAGUCUCCAUGCAUAUUCAGUUUUCAACUUCAUGUGCAAUUCUCCCUUAUACUUUCCCCUUUUCUUUAAUAAUUACAAUUAACCGUAAGACCUCAUGUAGUUAAAAUCAGUUUAUUUUAGUGACCGUUGUCUCCCUCCAUCCCUUAGGAAGACUCUUCCAUAUGCAUUACUGUGGGACCAUUUAGAGACAUAAUGACUUCAGUUUGGUGUCUUAAGGUUAGGUUUUAAACAGCCUACAACUACAGGAUCUAGAACAACAGUCGUGGUGGGGACAUUUUAUUUAGGUAGCUGCAGGAAACAGUAAUCUUAUAGAUGAGCUGAACAGUUAAACGUGGAUAUUCUGGUGUAUAGUGCAUUUGCCAGAUUGUCUAAGCAGCAUGUAGUGAUGUUAAUGCAAGCCAGGUCUGUUGCAUUUACACAAGAUGGUUGCUUGGAUUUAAUUUCUUUUUUGUUUGUUUGUUUAUGAAAUGUUAGGAAAUGUUGAACCUUUCUUAGAAAUAAGCCUUCAAAAUCAUGUGAUGAUUAUCUUAAAAUGGCAGAAAGAUUUAUAUUUACUAAAUUAUUGCAUCUUACUGCAGAGCCUGUUUGAGUGUCUUGAGUGGAAGUUUGAGUGACUUGGUCUCCUGCAUUUGAGUGUCUCUUCAGAGUGACUUGCAUUUUUUUUUUUUUUUUUAGAAUUGGCUUUUGAAAAGCAACCCCCAAGGUAAGGAGAGCCAUAUAAACCCCGGGUGUCUGACGCCAGCAACGUUAUCACGCUCUGGAAUUAAACCCGGAGUGUCUGGCUUUUGCCCAUAGAGGACUCCCAGCGAGGCUGCUUCUGCCUUAAACCAGGGAGUCCUCAUUCUCCCGGCCUCUGUCACCUGGCUGAGGUCUGUUAGCAGCUGCAUGAGAGUAACGGUGUGGGCUGGUCUGAGAGCGGGAUUAAAUACCCCCGUCCUAAAUAAACGCUCAACGCUUCCCCCGUGUAGUGCAGUCAGCAUGGGUCCAUCUGUACAGGAGCGGAUUUGAGGCCUGGUGAUGGAAUCACAUAUUUGCACUUAGUUGUUUUUGCCUGUUUUCUUUUGGCUAGCUGUGCUUUACAGCAGUGGUAUACUACAGUUCUGAACUGCUGUGCAAGAUGAUAAUGCCAUUUAAGAUGUCUUGUUAAUAGAUGAUUCUAUGAUGCUUAUAAUAAAAUUGUAAUUACUACUAAAAUAUAAUAAAUAUAUAGAGAGAAUGUACAUUUCAUAGUUCUGUAUAGUUUAAAAUGUUUUGUUUAUUCUCAUGAUUAAAUCUAACUGAAAGUCCACCCGA